AUGGAGCCCAUUCCAGUGGUUGUCAAGCACCAAGGAAAGAAGUACGAUGUCGAGCUCGACCCCUCAAGUACCGGCGAGACCUUCAAGUUCCAGCUGUUCUCCCUCACCGGCGUCGAGCCCGAGCGCCAGAAGAUUCUGGUCAAGGGCGGCCAGCUCAAGGAUGACACCGACCUCUCGAAGCUCAAGGUCAAGGCCGGCCACACCUUCAUGAUGAUGGGCACGCCUUCCGGAGAUGCUAAGGGUCAGAUCGAGCGUCCCAAGGAGAAGAUCCGCUUCCUUGAAGACAUGACCGAGGCUGAAGCGGCGCAGUCCGCUGGCGCGAUACCCGCUGGCCUCCAGAACCUUGGGAACACUUGCUAUAUGAACUCUACCCUACAAACUCUGAAGGCCAUCCCGGAGCUGAGGGAUGAGUUGGUCAAGUACAAGCCAAGUGCUUCCAGCGACUCCGGCCCCAGCGAUUUCAGAGCCUUCGGCCUUGGAGGUCUUGGAGCAUCCACCGAUCUUACCGAGUCCUUGCGCGAUCUGUUCAAGCAAAUGUCCGAGACGCAAGAGGGCUUUCCUCCCAUGAUGUUCCUCAACGCACUACGGACGGCCUUCCCCCAGUUUGCACAGAAGGCCAAAGAUGGCCACGGAUACGCCCAACAGGAUGCCGAGGAGGCCUGGUCUCAGAUUGUCACGCAGCUCCGCCAGAAGCUGAAGGUCAGCGGGGCAUCUCAGCAGGCCACCGACUCUUUCAUUGACAAGUAUCUGUCCGGCAAAUUCGAGUCGGUUAUGGAGUGUGACGAACCAGCUGCCAAAGACGGAGGCGAGCAGCCGGUCAAGGGUGAGGAUACUUUCCUUAAGCUGAACUGUCACAUCACGGCCGACGUGAACCACCUCCGCGAGGGCCUCGCCGCGGGCAUGCAAGAGAAGAUCGAGAAGAAUUCGGAAGUACUCGGCCGCAACUCCAUGUACACGAAGACUUCCCGCAUCGCGAGGCUUCCUAAGUAUCUUCCCAUCCACUUCAUGCGCUUCGACUGGCGAAAGGACACAAGCAAGAAGGCCAAGAUCAUGCGGAAGGUCACCUUCCCGCAAGAGCUUGAUGCCGUCGAGUUCUGCUCUGACGAUCUGAAGAAGCUUCUGAUUCCCGUCCGCGACAAGAUCAGGGAAAUCAGAAAAGAGGAGGAGGAUGUUGAGCGCGCCAGGAAGCGGAGAAAGCGCAUUCAGCAAGGCGAGGAUGUUGAAGAAUCGGCGGACCUGAAAGGCAAAGGCAAAGGACCUGCUGGCGAGAAGGAGCCUAGCAAGGAGAAGGAGUCACAGAAGAAGGCAUCUGGCAGCGCCGAUGUUGAGAUGCAGGACGUGGAAUACAAGACAGAUGCCCAGAUCGAGGCUGAGCGUGCCGCCUCGAUUCUGAAGGCGAAGAAGGAACUGCUUGAGCUGGUGGAUGGAGAGCUUCUCGCUGACGACUCUUGCAACAAGACUGGGCUGUACGAGCUCCGUGGCGUCAUCACCCAUCAGGGUGCUACGGCUGAUAGUGGCCACUACACGUCUUUCGUCAAGAAGGAAGGUCAGAAGGACCCUGUAACCGGCAAGCGUAAGGAGGAAGAUGGCAAGUGGUGGUGGUUCAACGACGACAAGGUCUCCGAGGUGGAUUAUGACAGGAUUGAGACCUUGUCUGGUGGAGGUCAAAGCCACUCUGCCUUGAUUCUGCUCUACCGCGCCGUGGGAAUCCCCAGCAAGGAAGACAUUGCGGAAGCUGAGGAGAAGGCGAAACCUGCUGCUUGA